UUUUCAGCCUAAAUACUAAACGAGUUAAAACUUUACUGAAUAAACCACGAUUGGGUAGUAUUAGGGUACCGGCGUCAGAAGCAGAUCGUUAAAAUAUCUCUACUGUCAUCAAUAGAAGGCGAAUAGCUCCGAUGGCGAUGGCUCCAACUGAAAAUUCAGAGCAAUCAGUCGCUUUAUGCAACGAUGCUGAGCACCGCGAAGCUAAUAUGGUUCCCAAUUCCUUAAAUCAUGGAGGUGUAGAAUCCAAGCCUGAGUUUGACAGAGAAGAAGUUAGAGGCAUUCUUGAAGUUAUUGCAUCCACUGGGAAAUUUUGGCAUGAUUGGGACAAAUUGAGGAGCAUGAUAUCCUUUCAUUUGAAGCAGGUUUUAUCAGAGUAUCCUGAAGCAAAAAUGACCAAUGAGGAGCAAAGUGCUAGACUGGGAGAAACUUAUACUGAACUGGUGAAGAGGUUGGAUGAAGCUCUUCAUAGUUUUGAUGAAGGUCCUCCUUUUACCCUGCAGAGACUCUGUGAGAUCCUAUUGGCCGCAAGAAGUAUCUAUCCAAAUCUAUCUAAGCUUGCCCUUGCUUUGGAGAAGAAUUUGUUGGUAACCUCUACAUUAACAGCUUGUAUGGAUCCUUAUCCACAAGCAAUGCAAAAGCUAGAUGAACCAGAUAAAGCACACGAGGUACCACAGCUGCAAUCCAAUUCAAUACAAAAUGGGGUUGAACCUAUGGUAGAUGGGGAUGAGAUAAUGGCUGAGGUGCAGGAGGCUGAUAUUGAUGAUGAUAUGACCAUUGAUAUGGAAGCCUUUGAAGAAAUAGUUGGAUCAUCAGAAUCAAAUUCUACACCAACUGGAAAUUCAUAAAUCUAGUUUAUUCUUUUUGGUUUACAAUACAACACCCUCUGCUAAGCUCGUGGAUCCAUUUGCUGAACUGCUGAGACUCUAUUUGUACAAGGCAGGCAUUGUGGUUGGCCACCCCUAUUGCGUUUCAUCCUUCAGGUUAGCAGCAGCAAGGGAAACCCAUAGAUCUGUGCUACAUAGAAUUAGAACAUUUCAAUCCAUGUACCUUACUUGAAUGGGGUAUUUAUACAAUUGUCAUCAUGUAAUUGCCUGACGGUUUCUUAUCUCUAAAACUUGUUUUUGAUUGUCAUUAGAAUUUUUUUCACUAGUUCAUAGUGAACGAAAUUGAAACUUCAUAAUCAUAUUGCUUAGUUUUAGCUAGAUUUCAUGAAAUGGAGGACUUGAGGUUUUGUUGCCGCCGCGCCCUUUGUUUCCUGUGGUAGCUAUAGCUUCCACCUUGUAAGUUGUUAUGGACUUGAGCAGGCUAUGAUGUUGAGACAUUCUUGAGGAUUUAAUGAUGGGGUUAUAGAAGUCUUUUUUUCAGUCA